UGUAAUUACGUGUGUUCUCAUCGAUCAAACUCAACUUUUCUCUCUCUUUCUUUUUCUUCAAAACGAGUACUACUUUUGAUGGGACAAAAAGAAUUAGACAUAAGAACAAGUUUAAGUGAUGAAUAUGAAGUCACAGAUAUUUUAGGAAGAGGAGGAUUUUCAGUAGUGAGGAGAGGAAAAAGUAGAACAACAAAUGAAGUUGUUGCAAUCAAAACUCUCCGGCGGUUCGGGCCGGUUCCGCCGGAGAAGAAAGAAAAUAAUAGGUCUCUUAUUAAAAAUGAUAAUAACUUAUCAAGAGCUUUGAUAUCGGAGAGUUUGUUGACAAAUGAGCUUUUAGUGAUGAGAAAGAUCGUUGAAGAUGUUUCACCUCAUCCAAAUGUGAUUCAUUUGUACGAUGUUUGUGAGGAUUCAUUUGGGGUUCAUCUCAUAUUGGAACUUUGCUCUGGUGGGGAGCUCUUUGAUCGGAUUGUCGGACAAGCAAGGUACAAUGAGGCCGGGGCUUCUGCAGUGGUGAGACAAAUAGCUAAGGGACUUGAGGCACUACAUGGGGCAAAUAUAGUUCACAGGGACUUAAAACCAGAAAACUGUUUAUUCUUGAACAAGGAUGAGAAUUCACCAUUGAAGAUCAUGGAUUUUGGUCUUAGCUCUUUUGAGGAUUUUGCAAAUCCAGUGGUUGGUUUGUUUGGUUCAAUUGAUUAUGUUUCACCAGAAGCACUUUCAAGGGAUAAAAUCACCACCAAGACUGAUAUUUGGUCACUUGGUGUUAUUCUUUACAUUCUUCUCUCCGGGUACCCACCUUUCUUUGCGCCGUCCAAUCGGCAAAAACAACAAAUGAUAUUAAAUGGACAAUUCAGCUUUGAUGAAAAAACAUGGAAGAAUAUAUCUUCAUCAGCAAAACAACUAAUUUCCAGUCUUUUGAAAGUUGAUCCUAACAUGAGGCCUACUGCUCAACAGAUAGUAGAAGAUGCAUGGGUGAGGGGAGAGUUGGCAAAGGAAGAAGAAAUGGACGCUGAGAUUGUUUCCCGUCUUCAAAGCUUCAAUGCGCGGCGCAAGUUCCGGGCAGCAGCCAUGGCUAGUGUCCUCAGCAGCAGUUUCUCAUUGAGAAGUAAAAAAUUGAAAAAAUUAGUUGGUUCCUCCUAUGACCUCAAGCCUGAAGAAUUAGAAAACCUGAGUCACAUUUUCAAAAAAAUAUGCAAAAAUGGAGAAAAUGCAACAUUGUUGGAGUUCGAAGAGGUGUUAAAAGCAAUGGAAAUGACAUCAUUAGUGGCAUUAGCAGGGAGGAUAUUUGAUCUAUUUGACAACAAUCGUGAUGGAACGGUAGAUAUGAGAGAGAUUAUAGGUGGCUUCUCUAGCCUCAAGUAUUCACAAGGGGAUGAUGCACUUCGUCUUUGUUUUCAGAUGUAUGAUACUGAUCGAUCAGGCUACAUUAGCAAGGAAGAAAUUGCAUCCAUGUUGAGAGCACUUCCUGAAGAUUGUCUUCCAAUGGAUAUAACAGAACCUGGAAAACUUGAUGAGAUAUUUGAUUUAAUGGAUGCAAAUAGUGAUGGUAAAGUCACUUUUGAUGAGUUCAAAGCUGCUAUGCAAAGAGAUAGUUCCCUUCAAGAUGUUGUACUCUCCUCACUCCGUCCUAAUUAAUUACUUUUAUUAUAAUUAUAUAUUUAUAUUUUAAUUUGUAACACACUAAUUAUAUUCAUAAUCUCUAACUUUUGUUGACAUUGAGUUUAUUAUUCU